GUGUGUGUGUGUGUGGAACGCCCACCUUCAUAUCUCAGGGUCGACCUUCUCCCACGCAUCCCCCGCAUUCUCUAUCCCUCUACGGGCCGUUCCACACGACCACACUCUCCAAGGAUGCCGUCUCAAGCAGCUACUACUUCUUCAUAAAAACGCCAGAUCAUCCACCUAGGAUCUCGCCGCGGGGACCUCUCUCUAAACCCGCGUGUAGCGAAGGCUACCCCCACGACUCACCAUGUCUCCUACUUCUACUUCUACUCAGUUGCCUACACCUCUGCCCCUUUCCAAACCUACUACCACCAUGCCACCUCAGUCUACUCAGUUUAGACGCACACGUCCAAGCCAUGUACAUACGAACCUCCCCUCCAACAUUCACCUACAACACCUACAGCAACAACAGCAACAACAGCAACAACAAUUCACAAUACCAGCUUCAGCGAUAAGCGCCUCCUCCGCGGCCUCAAGCUCUCAGCAGGGCUCGCCCGUCAUGUCUCCAGAGAACGCUGUCAUGACGAGCAACAGCUCCCUCCAGGCCUCUCCUGAGCACCGGGGGCGUGAGCUUGUGGACGACCAGUUCUCGGCCGGCUCAUUCUCCCUGCCCGAGUCCGUCAUCUCAAGGAAAACGAGUGACAACUCACUCGGACAGACCUUGGUUGGCAGUCCUAGUGCCAUGUCAGAGGCCGUCAGCAAAAGCAACAACAUCAUUCGGCGUCUGUCGAACCGAGCCACGGCGAGGUUCACCCGCCGCAGGACUUCAUCCGCUGCCCCCAACAGCCGUGACGGCAGUGUUGGCCCCGGUAUGCUCCGCCGGAGGAGUGACAGCAACAACACGGCCCCGCCCGACCUUGCCGCGUAUAGCGACUCUGACGACGAAAUCAUUGAUGAGAUGGACGAUCUCAGGUCGUUGAUUGGUGGUCUUGACGGGGCUCUGAGAGAGUCGUCCUCGAAUAGCACCACCGCGUCUCUGGCCGGCUCCACCUCCCCUUCCAACACCACCGCCGGACCCGUCAUUCCCUUCCAGCUGCUCAAGGGCACCUGGAUUAGGAAGGUCUCCAAGAAGAACUGGAAGAAGCGUUUCAUCCUGGUUCUGGAGCCCGACGCCGCCAAGAUCUCCUGGGAUAAGAAGCGCGACAAGGAACUUUACAUUGACGACAUCAAGGAGAUUAGGACCGGUUCCGACAUUCGACAGUACCGUCUCGACUACGGCGUACCAGAAUCUGAAGAAGCCCGCUGGUUCUCCAUUAUGUACGUUGUGCACGGCACGUCAAAGACCAAGAUGAUGCACCUGGUCGCCGACGACGACAGCACCUUUUACAACUGGGUGACUACUCUCGAGGCCAUCUCCAAGCACCGACAGGAUCUGAUGGCGUCUUUGAUGGCCUUUAACGACCGGGCCAUCCGCGACUACUGGCUCACAGAGAUGGCUAGGCAGAGUGGUGAAAAGACGCUAUCUCUCGACGUCGGUGAUAUCGACUUGGAGGGAGUCCAGCGGGUCUGCCGGAAUCUCCACAUUCAUGCCUCGCACAAGGAUUUGCUUGAUAAAUUCGAUAAGGCGACUGGCACCAGCACUGGUCGCCUGAACUUCUUUGAAUUCCAGAAGUUUGUGGGUCUGAUGAAGCAGCGUGAUGAUAUUGGCCACAUUUACAACCAGAUCGCGGCUAACCCAGCAGCCGGCCUCACUUUCGAGGAGUUUAAGCGAUUUUUGCGUGACACCCAGGGAGAAAAUGUCGAGGCUCCUGAGACACCUUCGUAUUGGGAAAAUGCGUAUAGCAGGUUUGCACGUAAGCACGCCAAAGAUUCCGACAAGCUCGAGUGGGCGGUCGACAGCCCUCGCAUGGGCGACGCCGCCUUUGCAGCAUACCUGACCUCGACCUACAAUCUGCCCGUCCACAAGGAGCCCAAGAACUACACCCUCGACCGUCCGUUGAACGAGUACCUCAUCUCCAGCUCUCACAAUACCUACCUGAUGGGUCGACAAGUCGCCGGUCUCUCCAGCGUCGAGGGCUACAUCUCCGCGCUCGUCCGCGGUUGCCGUUGUGUGGAGGUCGAUUGUUGGGAUGGUCCGGAUGGCAACCCCACGGUAAACCACGGCCGUACGCUCACCACUUCGAUUAGCUUCCAGGAGACCAUGACCACGAUCAACAAGUACGCCUUUGUCAACACCAAGUACCCUCUCUGGAUCUCCCUCGAGGUUCACUGCAACCCCGCGCAACAAUCUGAGAUGGCUCGCAUCAUCAAGGAGACCUUUGGCGCUCGCCUUGUCACCGCGCCCCUGGAUCCAUCCUCCGACAAGUUCCCAUCUCCCGAGCAGCUCAAGGAGCGAGUGCUCAUCAAGGUCAAGCGCCCGCAGCCACCCCCGGAGCCUACCAAGCCAGCCGAGUCGACCGGUCGCCGACGCGGCAACAGCCUGAGCUCCCCGUACACCAAGCCGGUUCAGCUGGACAACAGCAUCGUCCCCUCCCAGUCGCUGCCUCAGAGCCCCAUCCUGAGCCCGAGCCACCCUUCCCGCCGUCUUGUCAGCAAGAGCCGUGUCAACACCAUUACCGAGGGUGAGGUCCAGGACGCCUUGAGCAGCAGCACGAGCGACAACGACAGCGCCGGCGAGCGUAUGCCCCCUAGACGGUCCUCGAACAAGACGGUCAAGGUCCUGGGAGAUUUGGGUGUGUACUGUGCCGGCCUCAAGUUUGGUGGGUUCGACGCCGUCGAGGCCAAGGCGUACAACCACAUCUUUUCCUUUAUGGAGUCGAGUUUCCACAAGAACAGCAGAUCCAAGGAGGAGAAGAGAGCCAUCCAGCUCCACAACAUGCGAUACCUCAUGCGCGUCUACCCCGAUCGCACCCGAAUCACGUCCAACAACUUCAACCCGAUCGGCUACUGGCGCAAGGGCGUGCAGAUGGCCGCACUCAACUGGCAGACGUUCGAUCUCGGCAUGCAACUCAACCAGGCCAUGUACGAGAGCGGCACCGACAGAUCCGGCUAUGUCCUGAAGCCGAAGGAGCUGCGCGAGAUCAAGGUGAUGCCCCCCGGAUGGGAAGGCCAUCAUCGGGAACGCCAGGAGGUCACCUUCACCAUUGACGUCAUCUCGGCCCAGCAGCUCAUGCGCCCCAACGGCAUGCCCAACAACAAGACGGUCGACCCGUAUGUCGAGGUGGAGGUGUUCCACUCCAGCGACAAGAGGGACAAGAAGGACACGGACGCCGAGCAUUCGGUUUCGGAUACGCCUCUGCUGUUCCGCACCAAGGUGAUUCAGGGCAACGGCUUCAACCCAAUCUUCGAUGGCAAGUUCACCUUCAAGGUUACGACCAAGUUCCCCGAACUCAUCUUUGUUCGCUGGUCGGUCAAACUCUCGCACAACGGUGAGAGCUACAACGACCGCCAGCCGGUGGCGACGCACACUGCCAAGCUCAACGGCCUCAAGCGUGGCUACCGCACCCUCCCCCUGUUUGACCACAACGGCGAACAGUACCUCUUCUCUACUCUCUUCUGCCGCAUCAACAUCGACUCCGUCCAGACCGUCUUGCUCAGCAACACGGAGGAACCGGAGUCCACGGGCACCAGCAAGUCCCGUGGCGUCGGACGAGUCUUCAACACGUUCGGCACUCGAUCCAACAACAUUAGCCCCAAGUCCAGCAUGGAAAAGGCGACCUAGGACGGCUAGACCAACGGGCCGUCCCUUCUCUGUACCAUGCUGAGGCCUCACCACCUUCGUUUCUUGGCAUAAAUUUGUUUCUUUUUUCCAUUCCCCAAGUUUUGUAUCAGUAUCGACAGAGAAUUAACGACAUAUGCCCGGGGGGGGGGCUCGAGUACCCCCUGGGGCGAAACGACACGGCCGAAACCAAAAGACAGAAUUCCCAGCGCGCCCAUUUUUUUUUUUGGAUCUAAUGUGCUAUCAAUACCCCCUUUGGCAUUCGACUGCGGCGUACUAUUGGCAUGAAGGAAGAACUUCCUGGUGUAGUCUACGACUAUUUUUCUUUCGCUUCGCCCGCUCUCCUUGAAGGAUGCGAGGACUUUUUUUCCUAAGGAUACCAACGGGACACCAACGGGAAACC